AUGGCUGGCAAAACGGCGGCGCAAGAAGAAUUUGACAAUAUCAUUGCAAAAGCUUCUGCAAACGAAAAUCACGAACAUCCCGACGACGAAAAGGAUUAUAGCUUUGAUAGGAACAGUGACGUGGACGAAGAAGAGGAACAUCACAAUCGCAAUAUAGAAGAUACAAUGAAGAUGCCUUUGUUUGACAGAUCGAAUUCGGGAGGAAUGGGAGGGCUCAGUGAACCAUUGAGGUUGCCGCAUAGAGAUUUUGAUAGUGGGAGGACGACGGGAGUUAAGGGGGUGAUUGCUGAUGCGAGGAGUUAUGAAGAGGCGAGGAAGACGGGGGGUUGGAGAAAUAAGCUGAGGGGAAAUACAAUCACAAAGGAGGACAAGAGGGCAACCUUCACUAAGGAUGGUUCGGGGAGUGAGGCAGGGCUGAGUGACGAUGAAGAGUUCUUGGAGAGGUGGAGACAACAACGACGAGUAGAGAUGCAGAGUGAAGGGAAAGACAUUAGAAACAGGAGGACAAGUCCUAGUGUGCGUCGUUAUGGAAGAUUUGACGAGGUAGAUGCGCUUGGGUAUCUCGACGCCAUUGAAAAGGUCGGAAGAGAAACCGUCGUUGUCGUUUUCGUCUAUGAUCCUGAGUGCGACGUCUCUCAAGUAAUCAACUCAGCACUCCUCCCCCUUGUUGCCGCAAAUCCAACAGUCCACUUCGUACGCGUCCAUUACGAAGACAUAGAAUUCGAUAAUGCAGGUGUACCGGCUAUACUGGCUUACAAAAAUCAAGGAGAUCUUUUUGCGAAUUUGACAUAUAUCAUUGAUCAGAUUCCGGAUGACACGAUUUUUGAUACGAAAGCUUUAAAGGACGUUUUGGUUAGACAUCAGGUUCUUUAA